ACACACAGCACAGCACAGUCAUGGCCAUGGCUGCUCCAGACACGUCUUGCCUGGUAGGCCCUGUAGCGUUAAGGACUUGAACUGGAAGGACGAGGGCGAGAUGGUGAUCACCCCACCGGAUGAGAGUGCUGAGUGCAGACAUUGUUUCCUCCCUGCCAAGCAACAUAACGGGUCCCAACAUUCAGCUGCGGCAGUACCAGGGCGUGUGGCUGCUAGGCACGGUGGUUCCCGGGCUUAUCUCCCUGCACCGUCGCUUCAGGUCGCGGCUGGGUGAUGUGCUCCUCGCGAGCCCCGCCAAGUCCGGCACUACCUGGAUCAAGGCGCUCACCUUCGCGACCAUGGCACGAUCCUCGUACCCGCCAUCCGCCCUUGACCACCCGCUCCACCGCCUCAACCCGCACGAGUGCGUCCCCUACAUGGAGGACCUGUUCGUGGACGGCCACGAAGCCAAGCUGGAGGCACUGCCGUCGCCAAGACUCAUGCACACGCACCUGCACUACUCCCUGCUCCCUCGCUCCCUCGCCAACUGCAAGACCGUAUUCGUCUGCAGCCAGCCUCUGCAACAACAUUAUAGAAAGGCCCCGCUACAGAGAUCCAUGGGCUUGGAGGCGUCGGCUUAGCGAGGCGAUGAUUUCCUGAACCUCCUUCGUCGUUGUCGGGCGGCGGAUGGCGGCGUGGGGGCCGUUUCUUCCGCGUCGAGAAAUAAAGGUGGCGGUUCUAGGAUUCUUCUCGUACCAAGUUUGAAGAUCUGUCGGAUGUUGUUCUCAUCAAUCUGGGUGCAUUGACGUGUUCCGGAAGGCCCUAUCGGCGAAAUUUAUUGUGCGAGUAAUGCCUGAAGAUUGCUGGAUUGGGUGGUUUCGGUCGUGCGCACCCAUGU